AUGGAGUGCUUUUGUCAUAAGCUCUCAACCCAUCAAUUUCACGACAUCACUGAGUCCGAGGAAAUUAAAGAUGCGCUGCCGCAUAUUCAGAACACGAUUCGGGACAAGGUCUAUCAUAUUACCCGUAUCGGGGAGAACUGGAAGGAAAUUAUCGGGGAUUCCGCGUCUUCCACGAACGUGGCCCGCAGCACCUCAGAGGACUGCUUUGCCUCUUUUCGUCAGCGUCCACUGGAACACUCUUUCGUCGAGGAGACGCGCGGGAUCACGUCACGUUCGCAAUCUCUCCUGGGCACAACGGCGAUGCCUCGACCCAACCGCAGCAGCCUACCUUCUAGGGCGGUGCCCGUGAGAAGAGAUUCGAAUGCCCCAUCAGGAGCUCAAUCAGCUUGUAAUUCUUCCCUAGCGGCUGUAUCUGAAGCCGUUGGGUUGGGCGGUUCCAGGCCGUCAUUGUUGCGUAUCGAGCAAUCCCAUGAAGUACAUCCAGUCUGCGUGGAAGACCUUUCUACCGCUAAGAGAUGGUUGAAAGGCUGGAGUCCUCUGGAACAGACCCCGUCCGUACUUGAGAAAGUGGUAUUAUUUCGCAAGCACAUGAUACUUGGAAGGCUCCUACGGUUCCGAGGUGCGUUUAGAGAAUCACUGACGUGUUUGAAGAACGCGCAGACAACCAUAGGGCAGUGCAAAGACCUCAUCUUCGAUGAAGACCUCCGUGAUCUCACCUGCGAUCAGGCCGAUACGCUCCGAGAACUUGGCGACCUUACGUCUGCCGAAUAUCUUCUUCGUGCCGAAAUCACGCGCCGAGACCAAAGCUCCAUGUCGUCAGGCCAUUCCCUUCUUGAGCUAUCCCUAGCGGAAGCCUUGUUUGCUCAAGGAUGCUUUCAAGAGGCAGAUAAGCUUUGCUUGGAUGUCCAGUCCCGCCCUGGCCUCCUGAGGCUUGAGAAACUGCGUUUGCAUAUCACGAUGGCAAAGAUACGUCAUAUGAAGUCCGAUAACGAAGGUGCAUUAUGCUGUUGGAGCGGAGCGUUGAAGGAAAUUAGGAAGUUCCAGUUGACCAACGGCCGAACAACGCGAAUAAUCACCAUGUCCAUUUGCGACACGCUGGCUAGUCUUGGCGAGACCUGGUUGGUGGACGAAUCUAUGAAGCAGGUGGCAUCUGUGGAUGGAAGCGCAAAGCCUGGAGGUGUCGAGUGGUGGUUUGCAGGCAUGCGCCACUGGCUUGCCAGUUCCGUCGAGAAGAGCGCCGCCGUAGCCAUGCGCGGGCGCGCAGACCUUGUGAUGCCGCCGCCGCUCUGGGCGUCAAGCUAG